GGGAAAAGCUCCAUAGCCAUUUUCUUUCUCAAAAUACAAAGAAAAUCGAUGACGAUGAGGGACAUGAAGAUAGAGAUCAUUGGAAGUGUAACCAUAAAACCAUCAUCUCCAAUUCCUCAUAACCACAAAACCUUAAAGUUGUCUCUUUUUGAUCAGCUUGCUCCUCCAUCUUAUGUCCGAUUGAUACUUUUCUACUCCAUUAACAAUAAUGAUGUGAUCAAAACUACCACGGAUCAACAUCAUCAUCAAAUUACAAGCCAGAAGCUGAAGAAAUCUUUGUCUGAAUCCUUAACUCUCUUCUACCCAUUUUCCGGAAGAAUCAAAAGUAGCAUAUCAAUUGAAUUAGGUGAUGAUCAUGAAGAUGACAUUGGAGCCUAUUAUACCGAAGCUCGAAUCCAUUGCACUCUCUCAAGCUUCCUUGAACAACCUGAUAUAGAGGUGCUAAAACAUUUACAUCCAAUUGAUCAACCUCAUGAUCAUGAUCAUCAAUUUUCCAAAGAUGCUACAUCAAUUCCUUUGCUUCAAGUCCAAGUCAGUUUCUUCGAGCGUGGUGGGUUAGCAAUCGGUUUGAGCAUGUCACACAAGUUGACAGAUGCAGCAACUAUCAGCAAAUUCAUUAGUGUUUGGGCAGCAAUAGCUGUUGGAUAUGAAAUUCCACUUGUGGAUUUUGGUGCAGCUUCCUAUUUCCCUCCAAGAGAACAUAUCUCUGCCUUUCAACCCCCUAGCAUGAUUGUCAAAGGUCCAAAUAAGUGUGUUGUUAAAAGAAGGUAUGUGUUCGACGGGACAAAGAUCGAAGCUCUUAGGGAAAAAGCUAUAAGUCAAUCUGUGCAACGACCUAGCCGCGUUGAGGCUGUCACAGCACUCAUUUGGAGAUGUGCCAUGGCUGCAGCAUGGAAGAAAUCAACAACAUCACUAAACCAAAAAGAUGCAGGGGAUUCUUCGAAGAAGAAGAAGUCGAUAAUUAUCCAUCUCGUUAACAUACGCAAAAGGGUCAAGACACCCUUUUUGGAAAACACUAUGGGAAAUCUUGUGCAACAAUUUGCUGUAAUGACAGAUGAGAGUCAAAUGGAGCUGCAAGAUUUGGUUGCUCAGCUCAGGAAAGGUAAUAUAGAAUUUGGUGAAAAUAUAGAUAAGCUACUUGAAGGAGACAGAUUGCUCGAAAUGAUUGAUCAAUAUAGGAAAGAGAAAGAAAAGAAAAGUGGUACUAGAGAUGUAGAUGGUGAGGAGAUGAUGAAGCUGUAUUCUUGCAGCAGUUGGUGCAGGUUUGGAUUAUAUGAUAUUGCUGACUUUGGUUGGGAGAAGCCAAUUUGGAUUAGUAAUACUGGUAGUACCAAAAACAAUUUUUUCUCGCUGAUGGAUACCAAAGGAGGUGAUGGGAUAGAGGCUUUGAUCACUCUAAGUGAAGAAGAAAUGGAAUUAUUUGAGAAAGAUCCUGAAUUUCUUGCGUUUGCUUCGUCAAAUCCAAGAGUGUUGUUAUAA